AAAAUGUGCAGUUUUUGCAGAGUGAAUAUCUGUACUGUCGCCUCUGCGUCCUGUGAGAGAUGUUUCGCCCACAUUCUCUGUUCACUUAUUAACGGUCUCCAGAUUUUGGGAAUGCAGAUGUUGCUCUUUUGUGUGCUUCGUUUCCGCACUGUCAUUAUUUCCGUUUCCACUCCGUGGAAAGUUAUGCCGAUUUGCGAAGAGUAGCUGCUGUCUCUAGCAGAGAGCAGAGCACAGCGCCUCCCCGUCAACUUUAUUCGGGAACAGAAGAGACUGAUCGGCGGGAUGGGGGACAUCGAGGAUCCGCGGAGUAACCGAGAACCAGGGACAGUGCUUCAGUACGUUCUCCCCAGCAAAGAAUUUAUCUCCUCCCGAAAAGGACUGCUGCUUCUCGGUGAAGUGGCGCUUUCAUUCAUCAGCUUCGUGUGUUUCGCUGCCUCAACAGCAGCUGCUUUCGUCACAGCUCCGCUCAUUGAGUUCUUGGCAGCUCUUUUCCUGCUGUUUGCUUAUUCUACAAAGUUCAACGAGAGAUUUAAAGGCUUCCACUGGCCUCUUAUGGAUUUCCUGCGCUGUGUCAGUGCCUCCAUCAUCUUCUUCAUCAUCUCUAUAAUGUCUGUGUCAAAAUAUCCAGAUGGAGCUUCAAAAGCAGCUGGGAUUUUUGGUUUCAUUGCCACAAUCGUCUUCGCCCUGGACUUUUAUUUCAUCUUUAAUGAACUGGCCAACUUUCUCAAGGGAGGAGAAUCUAGUGAAGAUCCUCCAAACACACAAGAUGAUGAUUCAGACUCUGACUCCGACUAAAGCUGUGAUUGUAUCCAGAAACCCUGUGCCUGACCACUACAGUGCCUGAAAACAAAAGACAGACUUUGGUAUUACUUUUUCUUGUUUGUUUAGAGGUCCUGUACAAAAGUUUUGGGCAUGCUUUAUUGUGACCAAAAUAACACAAUCUAUUCAAAUGUUAUAUGAACGGUGAAGUUUUCUAUAUGCGUCCAUACAAUCUAGGCUUCUCUCAUUCGAUUUUCCCAAAGCUGUGAAUUAUUAUUAUUCCAGAAAUGUAUAGCUUUGCAUCAGCUGGUUUUUGGAAGAAAGGACAGUGUUGUGCCAUUUAUGCUGCCUAUAAUGGCUUUUGUUUACUUCUAGAAUGAUAGUAGUUGAGUUUUUACAAUAUGUACGAGUGUUUUUUUUUCUUUGGGAGCUCAACGUGAGUAUGUUUACCAAUUGAAACUAUUUUGGGAGAAUAUUUUCUCAAUGUAUGUUCUCUUAAAUUGCCUUUUUU